AUGGUCCUGCUCAGGGAUGAGGUGAGGCUGUGCAGCGGGAGCCUAAAGGCAGCUGAAGCUCACUUGUCUGUCACCGAGUCACUGAUGGCAUUGCUGACCUCCCACAUUGCCUCUUUCUUCGAUUUUUCAGGUACAACAUGUUUGAUUGCCCUCCUAUCAGAUAAAGACCUCACCGUGGCCAACGUGGGUGACUCGAGAGGGGUCCUGUGUGACAAGGACGGGAAUGCCAUUCCUUUGUCUCACGAUCACAAGCCUUACCAACUGAAGGAAAGAAAGAGGAUCAAGAGAGCUGGAGGUUUCAUCAGUUUCAAUGGCUCCUGGAGGGUCCAGGGAAUCCUGGCCAUGUCUCGAUCCCUGGGGGAUUAUCCACUGAAAAACCUCAACGUGGUCAUCCCAGACCCAGAUAUCCUAACCUUUGACCUGGACAAGCUCCAGCCUGAGUUCAUGAUCUUGGCAUCAGAUGGCCUCUGGGAUGCUUUCAGCAAUGAAGAAGCUGUCCGAUUCAUCAAGGAGCGCUUGGAUGAACCUCACUUUGGGGCCAAGAGCAUAGUUUUGCAGUCAUUUUACAGAGGCUGCCCUGACAAUAUAACAGUCAUGGUGGUGAAGUUCAGGAAUAGCAGCAAAACAGAAGAGCAGUGAACCCUUUGGGGUCUCAGCUGCCUUAGACUAAAGGACUUUCAACACACUGAUCUCUUUUAAUGUAGUGCAAGGUGUGGGAGUUGCAGUAGGAUCAUCCAUCCCAGACAUGGGCCCCCUCCCUGGCAGCCUUAGGUCUGUAUGCAGUGAUGAACAGAGGGUGCUCUUGGCCAAUGUAGUUGAGAGGCUGGAAAAUGGUUUCUUCAUAUUUUCCCAGCUCUUUCAUCCAAUGUUCCAAAUAUAUAAAUAUCUAGCUGUAGAUGCACACGUAUGAAGUGAAUGGCAUGUGUGCCAUAUAGUCUCUAUUUGAAGAUUCUGUUCAAGAUCCCUUACAGGGCCUUCUCGGCAGCAGACUUUGUGUCCUCUCUUUGGAGCAGUGAGCAGGGCAGGCUCCCAGAGCUGUGGGAGACAGGCCACAGGUCACCUGUGAGUUGGGGCCUGUGUGGCAGCGCCCUUGCCGAGAGGCAGCUGUCUGAGGAUGCUCUAUCUGCCUGAGCCCAGGUUUUCUGCUCAGCAGCAGCCCAGACAGAUUUGGGAUGGUUUAUUAUUCCGCAGCCUCUCUUGGAGACUGAAGGAAGUGGGGAGGAUGAGAGCUGCCUGCACAGCAGAAAUAACCUUUUUCCCUCCCUCCCUUUAUUAGUUAAAUAGACUUUGUGUACCACCCGACCAGUCUUUGCGCGUUUAUCCUAACUGUGCAUGACCUUAACCUUUGGCUUACCCUCACCUUAGACGAGGCUGCUGUUAACUUCACCUCCAGACACCAUGAGUUUUGUCUUUCGUUACCAAGAAACCUAUUAGAGGAAAUGAAAAAAGCAAAUCACUAUACCACAAUCCCUUCCAUCUUUAAGGGCAGAUAGAGGAAAAUAAUGGCUGAAUAAGUCCCAGUGCCCCUUGGGAAGUCUGCUCUUUGCACUGGGAUAGAAAGCUGGUGAGGUGACCCCUGCGCCGAGCUCCAGCUGCCAGUUUUCGUGCAGGGUGUUUUCUCCUAGCCCAGCAGCUUUCGAGUGUCUCUUGAGCAGUGAUCUGGGGAGCAGUGGCCGGGAGCUGUAGGUUUGUUCCUUGCCGCCGAGGCCAGUGCCCAGCGCCCAGCGCAGGUUGGAAUUUAGUGGUGAACUGCUGGGAUGUGCUGCUCUUGCAGCGGACGGGCCGCAGCCUUUAACUGUUGGUCGCAGAUUUCCCGCCGCCCCGGGCAGCUUCCCCCGCUCCUGCCCUGCGCUCAGUGCGGCAGAGUGGGUUGGAACUCAAGCUUGAACCUGUAUUGUUAAGCCCCCCAGAGUUAUCUUGGGGCCAGGCUUGCUGCUCUCCAUUUCCUAUCAACAAAGUCAUGUUUCCAAUCUCAGUAUUUUAGCAGUUAAUUGACAGAAAUGCUGGGUCAGCCUGUUUGCCUGACUGAAGUGGCUCAAACAGCCAAACAAGAUUUUCUUUGCAUUCCCAGCUCCCUUGUCUGAAAUGCCAGGGUGUCCUCCUGGUUUUGUUUUUUUGGGGUGGGCAUUUGUCGCUAGACCUUCUUGAAGGCCCCAUUCACUGGCCGCCUCCUGCCCAUGCUGUCCCUCCCCUGCCCUUCUUCAGCUGUGGAGCUUUCCAGAAGCAGCUUCCAGGAGAGAACGCGAGAGGAUGAAAAGCUUCCGUUGUGGCUGCCGAGGACCGCAGUCUGUUUAGAUUCCUCCAAGCACUUAAUUUUGUUUGAUUGUAAUGAGAGUUAACAAUGAUUUCCCAAGAACUUUGCUUACUUUUGUAAACUGUGACAUUAGGAUUUCCAAUAUUAGAAUUAGAACCCUGGUUAUUUAUUUUUUUAGCCAUAGAAUGUUCUAGACAAGAUAUCUGCCACCAUUUUAGAUUGAAGUGUUUGUCGAAAGACACUGAACAUUGGGAUGUGUCAUUUGGGGUGGGGGUUGGGAGGGAAUGUGGGGAACAUAGGGGUUGUGAUCAGUAAUGGGACAGUCAAGCCUGGUGGCCUGAGUGUUCCUGGGGAUUCAGGACAUCCUGACUCGGGGAGUUACCAAACCCCACAUCUAACUGACGUUCAGGACUAAGCAGCCUCAGCAUUUCAUGGUACACAGUCAUUUUCCUUCUUCAUUUUUAACUUAACCCCAAAAUCCAUAAGAAGGGAAAGACAUUUUUAAAUUCCUGUGAUGAAUGUUAUUGUCUAAAAUGAAAAUAGUAAUGUUCUGGUGAAGUUGAAAAAGCAAAGCUACUAAAUUAGUAAAUUAGUGUUUAUUUACCCUGCAAAAUGUCUUAACAGACGGUGCUGAGUGCAGGGGCGCGUGACUUUCCCUCUAGUUCAGGUUCACAGGCAUCUUCUAAAUUUUGCUUUGUAGAAUUAAUCCAUUUCUGACUUUAACCAAGUACUGUGGGUAUUUCCUAGUCCCUUUCUGCCUCUUUUCCUCCCGCUUUGGCUUGUAGAUUUUUUGAAGAUAGAAGUUUGAGAAGUAGAGUUGAUUAGUAGUUAGGUCUACAGUCCGAGUCCUCUGCUGCCUUCCCCUGUCCCCUGGGCCUUCUCCCUGCCCCUCAUCCAGCUGUCGGUCUGCAGGCCUCAGCUCAGUGCCCUGAGCGCAGGCCACUGCCCUGUUCUGUGGCCUCGGGCAGGUGGAGUCUGGCUGUAGGGACAAUGAUUUGAGAAGACUGCCUCUGAGGCUUCCCUAGACAGCACUGCCAAAGCUUUGGAAUUGUCGCCCGAGGCUGCCUAGACUCCCUCACCUGAGUUCAAGUUGCCAAUAGCCCCCAUGGUGCCAAAUUUGGGGAUGAUUUUACAGUCUUUUAGAAGCGAAGCUGGGAAAGAACAGGCCGUGCUCAUGAGCCCCCAGCAGGAUGCCAGCCCAGGUCCUCAUAAUGCACUGCGCUGCUGCUACUGCUCCCCGGUAAUGUGGACUCUUAAAAUAGGUUGGGAUUUAGCGGGGAGGGGGGGAGGCAGGAAAAUCUUUUAAAAAAUUCAUUGUAUUUGCAAUUCUCUAAUCAAAGGAAUAAACAGUACUUAUGUGGAAACUCCAAA